AACCGGGCUCCGUCAGUUAUUGUUACUGUUCGUUCCGCGACUGCGAAUGGUAGUAGAGUGAACUGAACAAAUCAAUUAUCAAAUCUUACCAACCUCAACCAACCAUAGAAAGAAUAAGAAUGUCAUGUUAAUGUUUGUACUAUCAAUCAACGACGUUAAAUGGAAGCUUUAUCAAAAUUAAAAAACUUUGUGCCUACAGGAAUUAGAUAUCUCUCCGCCAGAUACUCAACAUCAAAAGUUGAACCUCCACAGUCAAAUGAACUACCAGGUGAAAACAACGAGAGCCAUCCUCCAUUUUCACGAGAAGGAGACAGUGGUUUCUCAACAAUUAAUGAGGUUUCAUUGCCUAAAAAUGACAGAAUAUUUGAUGCCAUUGGUAACACUGAUGAGCUUUCUUGUUACCUGGGAUUGGCUCGAGAGAAUGCUAUUGUCAGUCAGCACCCGUACACAGACAAGUUGACGAGGAUACAAACCAUGUUGGUAGACAUAGUGCUAGCGAUCAGCAAACAAACAAACAAAGCAACAUUUUCCUCCCAGAAUACCAAAGAACUGGAGGAGUGGAUUGUAUUAUAUUCCAAGGAUCUAACACCUGCUGAAAACUACCUACUGCCGGGAGGAGGCAAGACCUCUACAUCACUUCAUGUGGCAAGGUCUAUCUGUCGUCGGGCAGAGCGAUCAGUUCAGCCUCUGGUUCAAGACGGCCGGUUAGACAAAGAAAUCCAGGUGUAUUUUAACAGAUUGGCAGAUCUGCUGUUCACAUGGGCUAGAUAUGCUGCAAAAAAAGAUGAAAGGUCAGAGUCUGUCUAUACUCCAAGGUCUGAAAUGAAAAAGAAAACCGAAGCAAAGCAAGAAAAUAAUGACUCUAAUAAUAUACAAACUAGUUAAAAUAGCAAAAUAUUCAAUUGAAUUGUAUCGUGCCAGAUAGUAUCAUUUUGUAGCCAAUGCUAAACCGUGGAGGGUCUGUUGUUUCACAUAUGCAACUAUAUAGUUUAUAAGACUGUUGACUACCACAAAGAUUAUUUAUUAAUAAUUUACAUGUUGUAUAUAUUUGUAUGUAUUGUUAAGUUUUUUUUACCGAGUGAUCGGUACAAAUAGACUGCCAGUUGUGAAAUAAAACUGAAUUUUUUCUAGUCAGAAC